AUUCGCCAGUGUGUGUUUGUGUGUCAAGAAGUUAAACACUGCUAAAGUUUGUUACAAGACGUCAUAAAGUUUAAAAUGUACACAUUUCUUGCACUGUGAUCUUCUGCGGUUUUGAAAAGGAUCGCUGGUUUGUGUUAAAUACCCAGUUUGCAUUUAUGUUGGAGCAAAACGGGAUGCACCCGAUCAAGUAAUUCGUUUUAUGACUGCCUGCCGUACAGUUUCCUCUUCAGCAGUCAGUUAUAGUUGCACUUAUCAGCAAUUUAGAAGUCAGCAAAAUCGACAUUUCUUCUCAGGAAAACGAAGAGCUGCUUACAGUAUAGUUUGGCCUGCUACUGUUUUCCCAGCACACCCUGUGCCAGAGCACAUAAGGAAGCCAGACUAUGUGACGACAGGCAUUGUACCAGACUGGGGAGACUACAUAGAAAUUAAGAACCAAGAUCAGAUUCAGGGUCUUCGGAAGGCAAGUCAUCUUGCCCGUCAUGUUUUACUUUUGGCUGGGAAGAAUUUAAAGGUUGGCAUGACAACUGAAGAAAUAGAUUACAUUGUUCACCACGAAACAAUAAGACACAAUGCCUACCCCUCACCUCUGGGGUAUGGAGGCUUUCCAAAAUCUGUCUGUACCUCCGUAAACAAUGUGGUGUGUCAUGGUAUUCCUGACAGUCGAGCACUUCAAGAUGGCGAUAUUAUCAACAUUGAUGUCACGGUUUAUUAUGAAGGCUACCAUGGUGACACAUCUGAAACAUUCUUGGUUGGCAAUGUGGAUGAAGGUGGACAGAAAUUAGUGGAGGUUGCAAGGAGAUGUAGAGACGAAGCAAUUGAAGUCUGCAGACCUGGGGCCGCCUUCUCUGUAAUUGGGAACACAAUCAGCCAUAUAGCACACUCCAAUGGAUUUCAAGUCUGUCCUGAUUUUGUGGGCCAUGGGAUUGGAUCCUAUUUUCAUGGACAUCCUGAAGUCUGGCACCACGCCUCUGACAGCAAACUAUUGAUGGAAGAAGGAAUGGCAUUUACUAUAGAGCCAGUCUUGAUGGAAGGAUCCCCUGAAUUUAAAAUUCUGGACGACAAGUGGACAGCAGUAUCCCUAGAUAACAAAAGGUCAGCCCAGUUUGAGCAUACUGUAGUUAUUACAUCCCACGGAGCUGAGAUACUAACUAAAAUACCGUAAUACGAAAUCUGCCCAGGACCUCUGAUAUGGAAUGACCGCUUAUCUGCUGAAAAGGACCAUUCUUAAUUGCUUCAUAAAGCAAUACUGCUCAUAAGGCAUAAUGCAAAAUAAUUGUGUCAGCAGGAAGAACGGUGGACAUGGUAAUAGAUCUGUAAAUACUAUGCGCCGCAGUUGGUAGUAGACAUUUAAGACUUAAAUUUUUCAGAGGCUGUUGACGUGCAUCUCAAGACACCAUCUAGAUUCAAAACCUGCCAUUGCCUCUUUCACCGGCAUUGAAGAAUGCGGUUGCAUUGUAGCUAUAAGAUACCAUAUUGUAAAUAACAAAUGUUUGUGCUGGUAGGCUGUGAUAUUCUGGAUGGCAUACAAAUAAAAUGUUAGCUUAACUUGCA